UUCUAGGUACUUUAUUUAGGGAGGGGUGUGCAGCUCUAUGUUGGCAGGCUCUCAUUGGUAAGUGCCGCGUGUAUAGUUCAAGCUAAGUGGAGUUUUCCCUUUGCGUGCCUGCCUCAAAAUGGGCUCAUGGGGACUUGGCUCCAAGAUGACCAAGAAAAGGAGAAACAACGGUCAUGCCAAAAAGGGCCGCGGCCAUGUGCACUAACUGCGCCCGCUGUGUGCCCAAGGACAAGGCCAUUAAGAAGUUCGUCAUUCAGAACAUCGUAGAGGCGGCUGCCGUUAGGGACAUAUCCGAAGCGAGUGUCUUCGAUGCCUAUGUGCUCCCCAAACUCUAUGUCAAGCUGCAUUACUGUAUGAGCUGUGCUAUUCAUAGCAAGGUAGUCAGGAUUCGAUCUCGGGAAGCUCGGAAGGACCGAACACCCCCACCACGAUUUAGACCUGCUGGUGCUGCACCGUGACCUCCACCAAAGCCCAUGUAAAGUGGCUUCAUAAAGAUAGAAGAAAACACCUUGGAAAAAUAAAAUGGAACUUAAACUUAAAAAUAAAUGGGCUCAUACCCGGGCACAGGCCAGACACCUGGGGCUUAUCUGGGACUGCCACCUUCCUCAGACACACCCAGCCCAUCAGCAGAUUCUGCCAGCUUGACCUUCAGACUGAAUCCACUCUCACCACUCCUGCUACCUACGCGGUCACUGUCACUUCUCUAGCUGGGCUGUACCUGAGCUGAUCUCAACUCAGCCCCGCAGUCGUCAGACAACCAAAGUCACCGUUUUAAACACGGAAAUCAUGCCAUGUCACCUUCUGCCGAUCCCCACAUGUCCCCCAGAAGAACCAACAUUCUUAGCCUGGUAUGUGUGAUCUGGGCCCCAACUAGCAUGCCAUCCCGUUUCUUGCCACCGUCUGUCUUCUUCGCAGCUGGUCCACACCGGCCUGCUGGUAACUUCUCACAUUCUAUGAAGCAUAUUCCAACUCAAAGCCCUUUCUUUCCCCUGCUGUAGCCCCUGCCUGGCAGGAUUAUCCCCAGGUACCCAGCUGGCUUGCUCCUGUGUAGCACAAAUGCUGUCCUCUUUGCAAGGUAGCCUGAGCAUCUCUAGGCAUCUCCGUGCCUACGCCUUCCCUGCUUUUUCUUUACUCCACCAUCCACAUGGUUAUCUAUUUAUCUGGGGUUUCUGUGGCUUUGACCUUCAGUCUUUGUGAGGCAGGGACUUUCCUCAUCCACUGCUGAACCCGCACUUCAGCUUCUGCUUUGCUGUGGUGGGUGCUCGUCUUCCCUCCCUUCCUUCCUUCCUUCCUUCCUUCCUUCCUUCCUUCCUUUCAUUGGGUAACAGCUUCUGCUUUGCCAUGGUGGGUGCUCAGUCUUCUCUCUCUUUCUUUCUUUCUCUCUUUCUCUCUUUCUUUCUUUCUCUCUCUUUCUUUCUUUCUUUCUUUCUUUCUUUCUUUCUUUCUUUCAUAAAUGCAGUCUCUAAGAAACUAAACCCCUCUGGUACCCUCUGGUAGAUCACCUACCUCUCUCCUCUCGUGCAAUCUGAGUUUGGUUCCCACACCCAUGUAAACUGACUGUGGUGAGGCAUGUCAGUAAUCCUAGCACUCAGGGUGUAGAUACAGAAAAGUCCAGAGUUCAAGAUAAUCUGAACUACAUAGCAGGAUCUAGUCUAUCUUAGGCUAUGUAAGACUGCUUUCAACAGAAAGACCCUUUCCAGUGGAGACAACCUCCCUAGAUCUUGCCUCUUGCAAAGAUCUCCUUCAUCCCUCUCCAGAAGAAGAGAAGAGGAAACACAAGAAAACGUGCCUGGAGCAGAGCCCCAGCUCCUAGUUUACGGAUGUGAACUGCCCAGGAUGCUAUAAAAUCACCUUGGUAUUUAGCCAUGCACAAAUGGUGGUGUUGGCUGCCCCACUGUCCUGUCAGCCUACAGGCGGAAGAGAAGGCUGACAGAAGAGAUGCUCCUUCAGGAGGACGCAGCACUGAAAACACCUGAUUCAAGAUGAGUCGGUACCAUCCUAAGAAACACACUUUGAAAAAAACAUAUAUGAAAGAAAAAAUAAAUAUAUGAAUAAUAAUAAUAACCCUCAUUUAUGUUACUGUGCCUUCCUCUAGGGAACAAGGUGUGCUGGCGGGUUAGAUUCUCAUGUCUGCAAAAGGAAUCUGGGAACAGGGAGACUCCAUAGCACUCUGAAAUGACAAAAGUUUUGAGAGCUAGAAGUGUGGCUCAUGGGUAAGUGCAUGCCUAGAAUAGAAUAGUGCUUGCAUAGAAAUCCCAGUGUUUACAUACAUACAUACGCACUUGUCAUGUAUGUGUCGCAGAUAGGAGGUGUGUGCA